UAUAAAUUCAAAAAAAAGGCCAAACUUUCCUUAUGUUAUUUACUUUCUAUAUAUUAUGAAUUACAAUUACAACUACAUUAUAAAUAGCCACGAGACUCGUGAAAGAGAGCAAAACCAUUAUCAACGUGGCAACAUGGCUCUUAAUACACACUCCGCCUCUCAUCCUCUCAACCUCUGUCAUGUAAAAACAAGAACCCUAAUCAUCAACAGAUUAUACAUAUUCUCUCACUCCAUAGCUAUAGCCUUCCUCAUCUACUACAGAGCUUCCUCCAUUCUCACUCUAAUAGUUACAAAAACACAACCACUCAUCCCCCACCUCUUAAUCUUCAUCGCAGAACUCACUCUCUCCUUCAUUUGGAUUCUCAGCCAGUCUUUCCUAUGGCGACCAGUCAUUCGAACUGUCUUCCCAGAGAGGUUGCCGGAGGACGAACAACUUCCACCCAUCGACGUGUUCAUAUGCACUGCAGAUCCGGAGAAGGAACCGCCUCUUGGGGUUAUGAACACCGUUGUCUCCGCCAUGACUUUGAAUUAUCCGGCAAGGAAGCUUACUGUUUAUCUUUCGGAUGAUGGGGGGUGUCCCGUCACCUUGGAAGCCAUGAGCGAGGCUUGGAGGUUUGCUAAGACAUGGGUGCCGUUCUGCAAGAAGUAUGGUGUUAAGAUAAUUUGUCCGGAGGCUUAUUUCGCCGAAAGAGGGGUUGAUGACGAGGGUUUGGUGUAUAAUGAUGAGUUUGCAGCUGAGAAAGUUAAGGUUAAGGGAGAAUAUGAAUCUUUUGCUCAUAAAGUGACUAAGAUAUCAGAAAGCGAAAGAUGCAGAUCAAACAAGGACCAUUCUUCUGUUGUUGAGGUGGUAAGUGAUGAAAGUGUACAUACUCAAAGAGAAAUGCCUCUUCUUGUCUAUGUAUCUCGUGAAAAGAGACCUUAUCAUAACCACCAGUUCAAGGCUGGAUCUCUCAAUGCCCUCCUUAGAGUGUCGAGUUUAAUAAGCAAUUCACCAUAUAUCCUAGGCCUGGAUUGUGACAUGUACUGCAAUGAUGCAAAUUCAGCACGUCAAGCGAUGUGUUUCCACCUUGCCCCUAUAUCUUCCUCUCUAGCUUUCGUCCAAUUCCCACAAAGGUUUUAUAAUAUCAGUAAACAUGAUAUCUAUGAGAGUGAAUUGAGAUCUACUUUUAAGACACUCUGGUCAGGAAUGGACGGGAUCAAGGGGCCUUGUUUAUCUGGAACAUGUUAUUACUUAAAGAGAGAAGCACUCUAUACGCAUCAUUUACCACUAGAAGACAUAAAUUUAAAGGAACUCAAAGAGUGUUUUGGUUCGUCCAAUGAUUUCCUCAAAUCGAUGCAUCAAAAAUACUGUGAAAAUAUGGAUUAUGGGAAAGUGCUGAGUGAUGGGCUGUUACAAGAAAUUAAGCUUUUGUCCUCUUGUGGAUAUGAGAAUAACACAAAAUGGGGAAAAGAGGUAGGUUUUAGAUACUUUUCUGUAGUUGAAGACUACUUCACAAGCUUCAAUAUGCAUUGUAAAAAGUGGGUUUCUGUUUAUUAUAUGCCACAAAAAGCAGCUUUCUUGGGAUCUUGCACAACAAGUUUAAAUGAUUCUCUUAUUCAAGGCACUAGAUGGACUUCAGGGUUGAUCGAAGUUGCUUUAUCAAGGUUCUCUCCUAUUAUUUAUGGACCAUCAAGAAUGUCUAUUCUUCAUAGUUUUUGUUAUGCAUGGUUGGCUUCUUUUCCUUUUACUUUCUUACCUUUUUGGAUUCUUGCCACCAUUCCUCAACUCGCCUUGCUCAAUGGCGUCACUGUUUAUCCUGAGGUUAAAAGCCCAUUCUUCCUUAUCUUUUUGUAUGUGUUUGUAUUAUCAAAUUUACAACACAUGAGGGAGAUUCACUCCACCGGAGCUUCCCUAAAAGUAUGGAUAUAUGAACAAAGGACUUGGAUGGUAAAGGGAAUUACAUGUCAUCUUUAUGGAAGUAUGUAUGCAAUUAUGGAAAAACUUGGUGCAAAAGAAGCAAGCUUCCUACCAACAAAUAAGGUGAUUGAUGAUGAUCAGUGGAUUCACAGCAACUUCCGUAGCCAUAUCGUUGUAGAAAAUUAUGUGGUCUUGGUUCAAUUGCUAAAUCAGUGGUCUAGAUUCUAA